UCCCUUCCUCCCUCCCUCCUUGCGGGUCCUCCUCCCCUUCCCUCCCCUCCGCCCCCUUCCCCGUAGGCAGCCAGCCCGACCGCCCGCCCGCUGCCCGCCCGCACUGCCGCCCUGCCGGCCCCUGGCUCUCCGGCUGGAUUUCUCCCCCGCCCCCCAAGCUCCCCCAGUGGCUCUCCUCAGGCGGUCGCCCGCGCUCGGUGGAUGUGGCUGGCAGCCGCCGCCCCCUCCCUCGCUCGCCGCCUGCUCUUCCUCGGCCCUCCGCCUCCUCCCCUCCUCCUUCUCCUCAGCCGCUCUCGCCGCCGCCGCCUCCACAGCCUGGGCCUCGCCGCGAUGCCGGAGAAGAGGCCCUUCGAGCGGCUGCCCGCCGAUGUCUCCCCCAUCAACUACAGCCUUUGCCUCAAGCCCGACUUGCUGGACUUCACCUUCGAGGGCAAGCUGGAGGCCGCCGCCCAGGUGAGACAGGCGACCAAUCAGAUUGUGAUGAAUUGUGCUGAUAUUGACAUUAUUACAGCUUCAUAUGCACCAGAAGGAGAUGAAGAAAUACACGCUACAGGAUUUAACUAUCAGAAUGAAGAUGAAAAAGUUACCUUGUCUUUUCCUAGUACUCUCCAAACAGGUACAGGAACCUUAAAGAUAGAUUUUGUUGGAGAGCUGAAUGACAAAAUGAAAGGUUUCUAUAGAAGUAAAUAUACUACCCCUUCUGGAGAGGUGCGCUAUGCUGCUGUAACACAGUUUGAGGCUACUGAUGCCCGGAGGGCUUUUCCUUGCUGGGAUGAACCUGCAAUCAAAGCAACUUUUGAUAUCUCACUGGUUGUUCCUAAAGACAGAGUAGCUUUAUCAAAUAUGAAUGUAAUUGACCGGAAACCAUACCCUGACGAUGAAAAUUUAGUGGAAGUGAAGUUUGCUCGAACACCUGUUAUGUCUACAUAUCUGGUUGCAUUUGUUGUGGGUGAAUAUGACUUUGUAGAAACAAGGUCAAAAGAUGGUGUGUGUGUUCGUGUUUACACCCCUGUUGGCAAAGCAGAGCAAGGAAAAUUUGCGUUAGAGGUUGCUGCUAAAACCUUGCCUUUUUAUAAAGACUACUUCAAUGUUCCUUAUCCUCUACCUAAAAUUGAUCUCAUUGCUAUUGCAGACUUUGCAGCUGGUGCCAUGGAGAACUGGGGCCUUGUUACUUAUAGGGAGACUGCAUUGCUUAUUGAUCCAAAAAACUCCUGUUCUUCAUCACGCCAGUGGGUUGCUCUGGUUGUGGGACAUGAACUCGCCCAUCAAUGGUUUGGAAAUCUUGUUACUAUGGAAUGGUGGACUCAUCUUUGGUUGAAUGAAGGCUUCGCAUCCUGGAUUGAGUAUCUAUGUGUAGACCACUGCUUUCCAGAGUAUGAUAUCUGGACUCAGUUUGUUUCUGCUGAUUACACCCGUGCCCAGGAGCUUGAUGCCUUAGAUAACAGCCAUCCUAUUGAAGUCAGUGUGGGCCAUCCAUCUGAGGUUGAUGAGAUAUUUGAUGCUAUAUCAUAUAGCAAAGGUGCAUCUGUCAUCCGAAUGCUACAUGACUACAUUGGGGAUAAGGACUUUAAGAAAGGAAUGAAUAUGUAUUUAACCAAGUUCCAACAAAAGAAUGCUGCUACAGAGGAUCUUUGGGAAAGUUUAGAAAAUGCUAGUGGCAAACCCAUAGCAGCUGUGAUGAAUACCUGGACCAAACAAAUGGGAUUCCCUCUCAUUUAUGUGGAAGCAGAACAGGUAGAAGAUGACAGAUUACUGAAGUUGUCCCAAAAGAAGUUCUGUGCCAGUGGACCUUAUGUUGGAGAAGACUGUCCCCAAUGGAUGGUUCCUAUCACAAUCUCUACUAGUGAAGAUCCCAAUCUGGCCAAACUUAAAAUUCUAAUGGAUAAGCCAGAGAUGAAUGUGGUUUUGAAAAAUGUCAAAUCAGACCAGUGGGUUAAGUUAAAUCUGGGAACUGUUGGGUUUUAUCGAACCCAGUAUAGCUCUGCCAUGCUGGAAAGUUUAUUACCAGGCAUUCGGGACCUUUCUCUGCCUCCUGUGGAUCGACUUGGAUUACAGAAUGACCUCUUCUCCUUGGCUCGAGCUGGAAUCAUUAGCACUGUAGAGGUUCUAAAAGUCAUGGAGGCUUUUGUGAAUGAGCCCAAUUAUACUGUAUGGAGCGACCUGAGCUGUAACCUGGGGAUUCUCUCAACUCUCUUGUCCCACACAGACUUCUAUGAGGAAAUCCAGGAGUUUGUGAAAGAUGUCUUUUCACCUAUAGGGGAGAGACUGGGCUGGGACCCCAAACCUGGAGAAGGUCAUCUAGAUGCACUCCUGAGGGGCUUGGUUCUGGGCAAACUAGGAAAAGCAGGACACAAGGCAACGUUAGAUGAAGCCCGUCGUCGGUUUAAGGACCAUGUGGAAGGAAAACAGGUUCUCUCUGCUGACCUGAGGAGUCCUGUCUAUCUGACCGUUUUGAAGCAUGGUGAUGGUACUACCUUAGACAUUAUGCUAAAGCUUCACAAACAAGCAGAUAUGCAAGAAGAGAAAAACCGAAUUGAAAGGGUCCUUGGGGCUACUCUUUUGCCUGAACUGAUUCAAAAAGUCCUUACAUUUGCACUUUCAGAAGAGGUACGUCCACAGGACACUGUAUCAGUAAUUGGUGGAGUAGCUGGAGGCAGCAAGCAUGGGAGGAAAGCUGCAUGGAAGUUCAUAAAGGACAACUGGGAAGAACUUUAUAAUCGAUACCAGGGAGGGUUCUUAAUAUCCAGACUAAUAAAGCUAUCAGUAGAGGGAUUUGCAAUUGAUAAAAUGGCUGGAGAGGUUAAGGCUUUCUUCGAGAGUCACCCAGCUCCUUCAGCUGAGCGUACCAUCCAGCAGUGUUGUGAAAAUAUCCUGCUGAAUGCUGCUUGGCUAAAGCGAGAUGCCGAGAGCAUCCACCAGUACCUCCUUCAGAGAAAAGCCUCCCCACCUGCAGUGUGAACCCUGAGCAGCCACUGCUGCGGCUCUUCUGCUGCUUCGCUGCCAGGAUAAGGUGGAGCUACCGAACAGCUGAUUCAUAUGCCAAGAAUUCGGAGUCUUCUUUCAAACCAGUGGGGGUUGGACAAUGAAUGUAGUUAACUGGUUCCUGCUCACACUCCAGAAUUAAAUUCUAUUGAAAAAGGAAAAUCAGCAAUUCAGCAAAAAAAUAAAAAUAAAAAUGUAAAUAUGAUAGUAAUAAAGUAGAGCAUAAUGAAACUGUGAAACUUCCUGAAGCCUUGUCAGUGGUUAAAAGUAUUUAACACUCGUUAAUGACAGAUGUUCUGUUUUUAUAACUUACCAAAAGGAAACUAGAGGCUUCUAGGGAAGAGAAUUUUUGUGCAGUGGGUUCUGCAAGCAGCCUACAAGCCCAGGAUAGUGUUGUCCAUUGCUGGGAAUGGCUAAACAUGAAAGGCUAAUGGUUGGUAUAACAUAGUCCAAGUCUGUGCAUAUUUAAAAAAAAAAAAAAAAUUUUUUUUUUUCUUUGUCAUGGGGACUGACCAGGAAGAUAACUUUUCCUGCAUAACUCAAUCUGAACCAAGGAUUGUAGUUUUCCUCCUUGCCUCCCUUCUGUGUGACCCCUUGGCCAAAAAAGGAGAAAGAAAAAAAAAAAAAAAAGGUAAAAACAAAAAAUCCUCUACCCUCUCUGGGUUUUUCCUCCCGUAGUUCUACUCCAGCCCCCAACUGACCCCGAUGUCCUUCUUAGAGAGAAAGAAAUAUUAAGAAAACAUCUUUCAUAGCCACAUUAAAUAAGAGAAACUGAUAUACAUUAUUUUUCUUCCUUUUUUAAGAUGACUUUUAAGAACCCCAAAAUGCAUAUAGGUGAGACAAUAGUAAUAAAAUGAUUUUUAGCCAGUCCUCCCUGAAGGAGUUAUUCUGCUAAAAAUGGUCUUAGUUGUCUAACACGCCAACUAUUGAACCUCUUCAUAACAGUAUCAAGUCAACUCUGGCUUCUCCUGGUUCAUUUUUUGCGUGCAAAAAGCCAGUGGUAACUGCUACAGGGCCUAUAUAAUAGUGGUAACUGGUUUCAAAAGCAAUGACUAUAAGCCUAUGUGUGCCACUCUGCUUCAACAGUAUAUCCUACUAACAAGCCUCACCUACCUAAUCCAAUAAGUUUUAACUCUAAAUUUCAUUCCUUUCCCUUCCUCUUUACCUACUUUUUUCUUUUUUCCUUUUCUUCUUAUUUUUCUUAAAAAAAUUUUUUUUUGUGUGUUAACAGAAAUUCAUAUUUGGUGUGGCUUAACUGUAUUUCAGAAGGUCAUCAGAUUGUGAGAUUGCUUCCUUGAAACAUUUUUGUGCUAUUGUUUUAAAAAAUAAUAAUUAAAAAACGGUUGGCGUUAAUAAAAAUGUCAAUGUGAAAUUGA